CAAAUACCAGCACGUCCCUCCUGCAGUCAGCUCUUCACAGUAAUACUCCGCCCCUUCGAAACCCGGAAGUGAAUUGGUUCUGUUUGCUUGAUCAAAGUUUUCAAUAUAAAGACGACGGAGGAGGAAGGGGAAUUUGCAGUGUGGCAGCGCUACAAUUUGUUAAAUUACACAUAUCUGACAAAUUAACGCGACUGUCAUUACAGCUGCCGAAAGACGCUUUUUUUUAUCACGGUGGAUGGAUUUUUUUUUUUCUUUAAGGGGGGGCGUAUUAAAAUUCAGUAAGGAACUGACAGCAAGAAGCUGGUUUAAUAGCUGUUGUUUCAUGAGCUGGACACAUAUGAGUGAAUAGAGUAUCCUGCAUGGUGUAGUCGACUUCACUGGUGAUACAAUACAUUCACGUGUCAUUUGUUUAUCUGUCAUUAAGUCAGAACUAUGGAUUCCUCGGCUUUGGAGUUGGAUGCAGUAAAAUUCGCUAAAUCUGCCGUUUUGAAUGACCAAAAGGGGAAAUACAAUGAAGCUGUUUUUUAUUAUAAGGAAGCUGCUCAGGCCUUGAUUUAUGCCGGAAUGGCAGGAUCAAAAUUGGAGAAUAUUCAGGAUAAAAUUAGCGAAUACUUAGACAGGGUGGAGGCCCUUCACACUGCAGUUCAGGCACAGAGCAUUGAUCCUCUUAAGUCAAAGCAUCAGCUUGAUCUGGAGCGGGCUUACUUUCUGGUCACACAGGCCUUUGACGAUGAUGAGAAAGGCAACGUGGAAGAAGCUAUAGAACUAUACACGCAGGCUGUGGAACUGUGUAUAGAAACGGCUAAUGAGACUUCUGACCAAACCCUCCAACUCAAACUGAAACAACUAGCUCGGCAGGCCCUUGACAGGGCAGAGGGUCUUAAAGACGCCCUGGCUAAGCCAGCUGCCAAAGACAGACCUGCAUCAGCCAAACCCAGUAAUCCAGUGAGAACCUUCCAGCCCCUGGGACCCGACUUCAGCCUGCAAGAUAAACCCCAGCCAGUCCGACCGGUGCAGUCCUGCGAGCCACAAGGGCAGAAGUACACAUACGAGGAGAUUGAAGUCUUGAGGAAGACCUCUAAGAUUAAUGGUAUAGAAUAUGUCCCAUUCAUGAGCGUUGACCUAAAGGAACGGUUUGCCUUCCCAAUGCCAUUUUCAGAUAAAUGUGGAAAGCUCGCCCUGUCACCCAAACAGAAAGCCAUAUUCUCCAGAUGGGUUCGACCAGAUGAAAUUUCCAACAACCCCAUCAUGAUCUUCACUGUGUCCAGCUUUAGCAUCAAACAAACUGUGGUAUCAGACUGCUCUUUUGUGGCAUCACUGGCAAUAAGUGCAGCAUACGAGAGACGUUACAACAAGAAGUUAAUCACAAGCAUUAUCUACCCUCAGAACAAAAAAGGACAGCCUGAGUAUAACCCAUGUGGGAAGUACAUGGUCAAGCUUCAUAUAAACGGGGUUCCCAGAAAGGUUAUAAUUGAUGACUAUUUGCCAGUGGAUCACAAUGGGGAGCUGCUCUGUUCCUACUCCAGCAACAAGAAUGAGCUGUGGGUGUCCCUGAUUGAGAAAGCCUACAUGAAGGUCAUGGGGGGAUACGAUUUCCCAGGUUCCAAUUCGAAUAUUGAUCUUCAUGCUCUAACUGGUUGGAUCCCUGAACGAAUUGCGAUGCAUUCAGACAAUCAAGCUUUCAGCAAAGACGACACUUUUCGAAUGCUGUAUCAAAGGUUUCAUAAGGGACACGUCCUCAUUACGACAGCGACAGGGGUGAUGACAGAGGAGGAAGGCGAGCGGUGGGGCCUGGUGCCCACACAUGCUUACGCUGUCCUGGACGUUCGAGAAUACAAGGGGCUUCGGUUUCUUCAGCUCAAAAAUCCUUGGAGCCACUUACGCUGGAAAGGUCGCUUCAGCGAGCGCGACGAGAAGAGCUGGACGACAGAACUGCUCAAAUACCUCAACUUCGACCCCAAAACCGCACAGAAAUUUGACAACGGGGUGUUCUGGAUUACCUGGGAAGACCUGUGUCAGUACUAUGAUGUGAUAUAUCUGAGCUGGAGUCCUGCACUUUUUAAAGAAUCAUCUUGCAUUCACAGCACUUGGGAAGCGAAGCAGGGUCCAGUGAAAGAUGCCUACAGCCUGGCUAACAACCCACAGUUCAAGCUGGAGGUGCAGUGUCCACAAGGGGGAGCUGCAGUCUGGGUUCUGCUCACCAGACACAUCACAGAUAAGGAUGACUUUGCUUCUAACCGAGAGUUCAUCACCUUGGUUGUGUACAAGACAGAUGGAAAGAAGGUCUACUACCCAAGUGACCCUCCACCUUAUAUUGAUGGCAUUCGAAUAAACAGCCCUCACUACCUUACUAAAAUCAAGCUGACGACCGCAGGGACCCAUACCUUUUCUCUGGUGGUAUCUCAGUAUGAGAAGCAGAAUACUAUUCACUAUACAUUGAGGGUGUACUCCGGAUGUAAAUUUAAUUUCUCAAAGAUCCCUACUCCCUACACUCAUUACAAGAGGAGCAAUGGUCAGUGGAAAGGGCACAGUGCUGGUGGCUGUGGGAACUACAAAGAGACCUACAAGCACAACCCGAUCUACCAGUUCCAGCUGGAGAAGCCAGGGCCACUGCUGAUUGAACUGCGAGGGUCACGGCAGUACAGCGUUGGGUUUGAAGUCAUUACUGUCUCUACAGUGGGGGAACCUGGACCUUCAGGCUUUCAAAAGAAAAGCAGCGGAGAUUACAGGUGUGGAUUUUGCUACAUGGAGGUUGAUUUUGUACCUGCUGGUGUUUACAACAUCAUUCCCACCACCUUUCUCCCCAAUCAGGAGGGUCCCUUUUUCCUGGACUUUAACAGCACAACGCCACUACGGGUUUCCCAGCUCCAGUGAUGUUGGGUCGGGGUGGGGGGAAGACAGCUGCCCAGUUCUCAGGAUGCACUUACUCAGAGGUCAGGGUUAAAGGUCCAGUGAGACACUCACAACUGGCAAGUAUGUGGACUUGUUCUGGUAUGGCUGGAUACUGCAACACUGGAACAGCUGUAGAGGGAUUGACACUGCUGAUGGACUCUGUUUACUGUAGUUCUCGUGGUCGUAUUAUUCAACCAAAAAGGAUUUGCCAACCAUCUGGACCAUGCCUGCGUUGGAAUAUGCAUUUACACUUCACUGUACGUCGCCAAAAAAAAAAAAACAAUUCCAUUAAGCACACAAAAUCUGAUUAUUGUUAGCGGUAGCAGAGUAUAUGCCCUUGAUAUUUUAGGUGAAGUUGGAAGAUCGUUUGUUGUUCAUUAAUAAAUGCACUUCUUCUUUU